CGCCGUCGUCAUCGUCAUACUGGUGCAACGCCUUCUCCAUGACCGCACCAAGUUAAUCCGGUAUCAUUAACAAGCUGUGAGUUAAGCACUGCAAAACCGAUUAGUUGCGUACUGCCACUAGAUACUUUUGGUAGCACAUUCGCAGCGCGAUAGGUAAUGUGUUAGUGGGUGAAUUUUUUGUGUGUUAAAAACUGAAUCGUGUGAUUUAAAAUGUUAAUGUUUGAGAGCCCAGCGACCCAUCACCACAAAGAUGUCCUUUCAAAAUAUGGCACGAAACCACAAACCGCAAAUGGAAAGCAUUAUAAAGUGUCGUCUAAAAAUGGAAUUUCCACCUCAAAAAAUACAUACAUCAAUUCAGAGUUGCCGACAUUAGAAAACAGUAAAUCGUCUUCGAGACUUAAUUUGCAAAUUCAAGGCAAAACUCCAUCGACACCGGUCACGCCGUUAGACGAAGGAUUUCCUGCAAUUAACAAUAACUCACGAAGUUACAGCCACCACGCUUCAAACAAUAAUCACCACAAAGAAGACAAUGAAAACUCUCAUCUUCCACUGACGCCUUCAGAGGCAGUACGAUUAUAUGGAAGUCGUCUAACGGAAUACGAAAGGAAUGAAAUUGAGAAAUACUCGAAAAUAUGGUAUCUUGGAUUGGAUGCGUGCAAAAUCCACGGCGAACAUGGUGGAUCACAAAAUGGGGGCUUCGACGACGACAGUGGGAGUUAUAAUAAGGUUCUGCACGACCACAUAAGCUAUCGUUACGAAAUAUUGGAAGUGAUCGGUAAGGGAAGUUUCGGCCAAGUAAUUCGAGCUCUAGACCACAUGACGAACAAGCACGUCGCCAUAAAAAUUAUAAGAAAUAAGAAGCGGUUUCAUCAUCAAGCUCUCGUGGAAGUCCGAAUUUUGGAUCAUAUCCGAAAAAAAGAUAAAGACGGCAGCCAUAACGUUAUACAUAUGCUGGACUAUUUUUAUUUCCGAAAUCACCUCUGCAUUAGCUUCGAACUUAUGAGUCUUAAUCUUUACGAACUAAUAAAGAAGAAUAAUUACCAAGGGUUCAGCUUAAAUUUAAUUAGACGCUUUGCGAAUUCGCUACUGAAAUGCUUAAGGCUGCUACAAAAAGAAAGUAUUAUUCACUGUGAUCUGAAACCGGAAAACGUACUCUUAAAACAGAGAGGAAGUAGUUCAAUCAAAGUAAUAGACUUCGGAAGCUCGUGCUACUCCAAUCAACGAGUUUACACUUACAUUCAGUCGAGAUUUUACAGAUCACCAGAAGUGAUCCUAGGUUUGACUUAUGGUACCCCUAUCGAUAUGUGGAGUUUAGGAUGUAUAUUGGCGGAACUGUAUACGGGUUACCCUUUGUUUCCUGGAGAAAACGAAGUGGAACAGCUUGCCUGCUUAAUGGAACUACUAGGCCCGCCGCCGGAUGACUUAAUUAUUGGCGCAACCAGAAGAAGGUUAUUCUUUGAUUCGAAAGGUAAUCCACGGUGCGUUACAAACACUAAAGGAAGAAAAAGGAAACCUGGUACUAAAAAUUUGGCCAUAGCCCUACGAUGCAACGAUACGCGGUUUCUUAACUUCAUUUCUAAGUGCUUGGAAUGGAAUCCUAGAAAAAGAAUGACACCAGAAGAGGCAUUAAGACACGACUGGAUUCUUCAAUCAAACUCUUCACAAAAAUCGGGCAACAAUGACUUAAGACACAGCCAGUCAGAAGCAAGCGUUGGCCACGACAGCCACUCGAGUAGUGGCGCCUCAGCGGAUGGGUACUCAAAUUAUCGAUCGCACCAUAGGUGUGUCAUAACUAAAUCAAGUGAUAAACUAAAGGCCAAAAUAGAUACUAGAAUAAAUGAUAAUAGAUCUGUAGAUGCGAAUCUAAAUGAUUCGGGAACCUUUUUACCCCCAAUUCUCUAGGCUAAAUGGUCAUCUACGGGCCAAAAAUCUCUCAAUACCACGACCAAAUAAUGUAAUUGUUGCACAGCUUGAAUCAAUCAUAUUGAAAAAAAUACCAUGACUGUGAAAUAUGACUGUUCUUCAAAUUUAGACUCGCAUACCUCCUUUAUGAAUAAUGACAGUGGUUAUAACAGAGAAGCGUUUUUUAAGAGGUACCUACAUUAUAUAAUGCAACAAUUUCUUAACAACAAAUGAAUGUACAUAAAUAUGUUUCUAAUUAUAUGUACCUAUUACUAUCAUUGUGUAUAAAAUCUAUCCUUUUAUCACUUUUGUGUUUUAAUCUAUGGCAUUUUAGUUUCUUGUAUGACUUGUACAAUAUUUAUUUGCCUAUCUCCCUACCGUAAGUUUUUGGCCUAAUAUGCCAAUGUUUUAUAAUCAUAAAUUCCUAUUGUGAUAUAUCUAUGAUAGUUCUGUCGUAUCAGUGUAAUUAUAAGAAAAUUGGAAUAUUAUUACGCAAAAUGUCUGUACUUCCAAUUUUACUUAGUACACAACUGGACUUACCAAAGGGUAGCAGUUGCUCUUUGUAGGAUAUGUGUACAAUUUAGGAAAUUAUGUUGUACAAAUACUUGUACAGUUUUCAUGUCUUGUAACUUCUUAUCUCUGUUGAGUUAAUUGUAACUGUCUUAUUAUUAGUUAUCUAUAGAUAUUAUUUAUGUUACAUAAUAUUUCUUUAAAUAAGACUGAAAUUUAAAAAAG